AUGAGAAAGCACGGUUGGCAGCUUCCUUACCAUCCACUCCAGGUUGUAGCUGUGGCUGUAUUUCUGGCAUUGGGUUUUGCUUUCUAUGUUUUCUUUGCACCUUUUGUGGGAAAACAAUUGUUCCAGUACAUAGUGAUGGGGAUAUACACUCCACUUCUAAUUUGCGCGUUUGGCCUUUACAUUUGGUGUGCUGGUGCUGACCCUGCCGAUUCUGGAGUCUUUACAUCAAAAAAAUAUCUUAAUAUUCCGGAUAACAAGAAGCCCAGUAAACCCAAUGAGUCGAAAAAUGGUGGAGAGUCAACAUCAACUAUUUGUGAGGAAGCUAAAAAUAAAGGAAAAUUGGAUGUGGAAUCGGGAGCUCGUUUUGCUAAAGAAACUGAACGUAAGGGCAAAUGCUUCCCGGGCAUUCUGGCUUUAUUGCCAUGUGCUUACAUUUGCAACUCACACGAGGAAUCUUCUUGUCAACAGAGUGAAGAUGGGAUGUUCUACUGUAGUUUGUGUGAAGUUGAGGUUUUCAAGUACAGCAAGCAUUGCAGAGUCUGUGACAAGUGUGUUGACCGUUUUGAUCAUCAUUGCAGGUGGCUAAACAAUUGCAUUGGCAAAAGGAACUAUCGAAAGUUUUUUACUCUCAUGGUGUCUGCACUUCUCCUGCUUAUACUUCAAUGGUCAACUGGAAUUCUUGUACUUAUCCUAUGUUUUCUUGAGAAGAAGAAAUUUUCCACCGACAUUAGCUCCAAGUUAGGAAGCAGUUUCACUGUGGUUCCUUUUGUGAUUGUGGUGGCGGUUUGCACCAUAUUAGCCAUGAUUGCAACUCUGCCCCUUGCUCAACUCUUCUUCUUUCACAUCCUCCUGAUAAAAAAGGGUAUAAGCACGUACGAUUACAUAAUAGCUCUAAGGGAGCAAGAGCAAUUAGGUGGUGGAGGCCAACAAAGCCCUCAAAUGUCUCCCGUUAGCUCGAUUACGGGAAUAAGCAGUGCAAGCUCUUUCAACACUUUCCAUCGAGCAGCUUGGUGCACGCCACCUCGACUAUUUGUCGAAGAUCAGUAUGACGUGGUACCUCCUGACAAUGUUUCGGUUAGCUCACUCGGUAAAAAGACAAUAAUACCCGACGAACAAAUCAAGAGAAAGAAUAAUCCCGGGCCUGUAAAGAUCAGCCCAUGGACAUUGGCCCGAUUAAAUGCGAACGAAGUGUCAAAAGCAGCUGCUGAGGCUAGAAAAAAGUCCAAGAUCCUCAGGCCCAUAUCUCGGCCCAAUUCAACUUUUGUCCAUGAAACUGAUAACAACAGCAGCUUUGGCAGCAGCAGCAGCAGCCGCAUGAUGGGCCCGAGGCCUGAUAGCGGUCGAAAAAGGGGAAGUAAGCGAAUCCGACUCCCAGCUGAGGUGCCCAUUGACCCUCUAUCUAGACUUCGAGGACUGGGCCCGUUACAUUUGGAAGGCCCGAGUGAUUAUCGGACCCGAGGCCCGGUUAGCGCUGCCAUCAGUGCCUCUUCGCCGGAGAGUAGUAGUAUGGAUUCUCCUGACAUUCAACCAUUUCGGGCUUCCUCUUCGGGCCCAGAAGAGAGGACGAGGUUUGUGAGUCGUCUUGCUAGUAGUGCUGAUGUGGCAAAUCAGGUGGAUAUUCUUCCUUUGUCGAGAUCGACGAGCGAUGGAUAUGAUGCGUCUGGUGGUGAGGAUAGUGACCGAGUUUCUACGAGAGCAAUGCAUGAGAAAAAUUGGGAUCUUUGAGAUUUUUUUCUUUUUUUUUUGUUUUCCAUUUGUUGGCCAAUGUUGGGCUAUAGCUAGAUCUAAUCUGCCGAUUUCUGGGAGUUUGGUGCAAUUUGUGGUGAAGGUGCUGAAAAAGAUGUAAAUUUUGUGUCCCUGGUGAAACUUUUGUGCCUGAUGGAGGGGAAAGGAAAAGCUGUUUUUGAGGUUAGCUAAACUUUUGGUGAUUUGUGACAAUUUACUCUUUUCCUGUAAAUUUAUGACCAUUCAUGCAUACUGUGGCAUAUAGAUUCUUGUUUGUUCUUUGUCAACAAUUCUUGUUAUUGCCUAGGAUUUUCUAUUUUGUUACCUAGUAAUUUUCUGAUGAAAAAAGAUGGCAUAGCAUUUCUCUUAGCAGUAAAUA